AUGUCUAGAGUAGCACUCCUCCCGCUGAAGCGGGAUUCAUUAUUGUCUUACUCCCUUGUAAAAGAGGUCCCACAACAUUAUAUAGAUCUCUCAUAUGAUGCUGACUUGCCUCACCACCAGUCCAAAUGGUUCAAAUUAAAACAUUUUUUGGUGGACUCAUUAGAUAAACACCCCCUUGAAAGGAAGUUUCUCACCAAAUUGGACUUUUUCCUACUCAGUUCAGCAAUGUUGGGAUACUUUAUAAAGUCAUUAAAUCAACUGAACAUAUCUGUCGCCUAUAUAAAUGGAAUGGAUGAGUUCUAUGGGAUGGAUAAAAAUCAAUACAAUUAUUUACUUUCUGCCUGGACGGUUGGUUAUGUUUUGGGACAAAUCCCUUCAAACAUUAUUCUCAAUUCUGUCAGUGCCAGGUACUAUUUGGGAGGUCUACAGUUCCUUUGGGGAAUUCUUUCUGUCCUUCAAGUGUAUGUAGUUGACUUGCAAACAUUAUAUUUUGUUCGGUUUAUCGUGGGGUUGGCAGAACUGGCUUAUUUCCCCGGUAUACAAUACAUCUUGGGAAGUUUCUAUGCUCCCUCAGAACUUGCCAAGAGAUCUACUCUUUUCUCGGUAAGUUCAAGUAUGGCUGGGGUCAUCAGUCCAUUAAUCCAACAACUGGUGUUGUCUUGGGGUGCCACCCAUGGUGGCAAUUUGCAACCUUUCCAAUAUAUGUUUGUCAUUGAUGGAUUAAUUACAUUCCCUAUAGCAUUCUAUUCCAUGAUGGUUCUCCCAAACACUCCAUCAACCACCAAUGCAUUCUAUUUAACCGGACAAGAUAAAUUGAUUGCUCUAGAGAGAAGACGAAGAAUUGGUGCCAAUAACACCAAAAGACAAACUUCCUACACUUUAAAUCAAAUCAGUAAAUAUUUCCAAACUUGGCAUAUAUGGGUGUUUCCCUUGGUGUUUUUAGCCUACAAUAACUCAACCAGUUGUCAUGGCCAACCAACGUUCCAAACUUGGAUGAAAUUAGAUUUAAACCUCCCAUCGGAAAAAUAUAACGUUAUCCCAUCGAUUGUAAAUUUCAUAGGGAUAUUCGUUGCAUUGAUGGUUUCUCUACUUGGGGAUUAUAUGGGUCGUGGUAAAUUGAACCAUGUAUUGGUACUGUUGAUGUUUAUCACAACAUCUGUAGGAUGUGCCCUUCUUGCAUAUUGGGAACUUCCUCAAUGGCUCCAUUGGACCAGUUAUAUCCUUAUAUCAAUCCCGCUGCAUUGGGCUCAACCACAAAUCUUUCUGUGGGUCAAUCGCUUAUUAUUUCAAGACGAUAUGAAGCGGAACUUUGUGGUGGUUGUUACAAACACAUUAGCAUAUGUUACUGCCGCAUGGGUACCUAUAUUAGUAUGGGACACCAGAGAUAAACCUCGGUACUUCAUUGGAUUUACAUACACGUCGAUCUUGUGUGCUACAGGGUUUCUAUUAACUUGUCUCUGUACUAGAUUUGAACGGAGAGAUAUUGAAAUUACAUACUCAGAACAGGAUAUACAGAUUAAAAAGACUCAAGGUGUGCAGGUUACCGUGAAAGAAGUUGAAGAAUUUUAA